GGCUCCUUAAUCACAAAGCCUGCUUAUUUGGCAGUUUCUCAAGUUACACCCUUCAGGCAGCUUGAACCAGUUAAACUAGAUCCUUUCAGCUCUGUGGAGCUUAUUGACAACCAGCCGUCUGGUUUCCUAGGAAACAAAAUCUUGGCUAGAAAUAAUGAAUCAUUUCCAGGUCACUUUCAACAUGGAGAGUGGAGCAGGAAAGCAUUGGACUGAAGAGGAGGUUAAAGCUUUGCUAACUGUCUGGUCAGAAAAAAACAUAAGAAAACAACUUUACAGAACACUAAGAAAUAAAGGAAUAUUCAUCUAUAUCGCCAAAAGACUUCAGGAAAAAGGCAUUUUCAGAGACUGGAAACAAUGUCGGGCAAAGUAUAAAAACCUGAAGUAUGAAUACAGGACAGUUAAACAUGCCCACAACUCUGGGGAUGGCUCUAAAACUAUGAAGUUCUUCUGUGAGCUGGAUGCAAUAUUACAAUAUGAACCUGUCUCACAAUUAACAGAGGAUGAAGACAGCAGGAUUCUGGCAAGUGAAACCCAGCUGGUCACAAGUUCAGCCUCAGAAAACAUCAAAGGUGAAAUAUCAGUUGCACUAGAAGAUGAUGAGGAUAUUUCAAUGGAUCCUUUACUUUCUAUUUCUCACGUCAGUCCAAUGGAACUAGAUAAACCAACAUCAAUAUUGGAUUCUUCUAAUAAUCCAACAUUAAUUCCAAGUGUAGCAAAUGAAGGAGGAAAACACUGGACUAUAAAUGAAGUCAGGGCUCUUAUAGACAUUUGGUCAGACAAAAACAUUCAGAAACAACUGGAGGGAACCAUGAGAAAUAAAAUAAUAUUUGAACAAAUUGCUGCCAAACUUCAGAAAUUUGGUAUAGACAGAGACUGGAAGCAGUGUAGAACAAAAUAUAAAAAUCUGAAGCACGAAUACAAGAUUGUAAAAAAUUGCCAAGAUUUGGGCACAACUAAAAGUAUGAAAUUUUUCACGGAGCUGGAUGCUAUUCUGGGACAUACUUCAGAACAAUCGCAAAAACUGGAAAACAAAGAAAGACAAAGAACAAAACAGACAAAUAUAAAAAUGGAAAUCAGCAGUAGAGAUAAUCAUAUCCCUUUGGAAGAUGCUCAUAAUCAUUUAAAGAUCAUCACAGUAAAUGAUGCUGAGGCUGGAAAGCACUGGUGUGACAAUGAAGUCAGAGCACUGAUAAAUAUAUGGUCAGAUGAAAAAAUAAGGCAGAUGCUGGAAGGGGCAACAAGAAACAAAGAAAUAUUUGAGGAAAUUGCUAGAAGGCUAAUGAAGUUUGGAAUAGACAGAGACUGGAAGCAGUGUCGUACAAAAUACAAAAAUUUAAAAUAUGAAUAUAGAGUAUUACAAAAGAAAACUAAUCGCCUUAUUGAUAACCCUAAAAGGAAAAUGAGGUUUUACGAAGAAAUCGAUUGCAUCCUAAGGCAACAGACCCUCGGAACACACAGCUGGAAAAAUAACUCUAGUCUUAUAUCAGAAUCAUUUGAAGGUCAUGCCAUGAAUGCAGGAUCUUUGAACAAGAGAAAGGCACAUGAAGAUGAACUGGUCCCUCUGCCUCUAAAAAGGAGUACUUCUGACACCACUGGCCAUGAGUUCCACCUUACAUCAAAACAAAAAGAUUCUACACUCCAUCUUUGCGGACAGGAAACAAAGCACAUCCAGCUACUACAGUCAGCCAGUCAGGUUCCUGCAGUACUCCCGUUAGCCACCUCCUUAACUACAGAAAUGGCGACGGCCGAAGUGCUAAAGAUUGGUAAGAAGCUCUAUGAGGGUAAAACAAAAGAAGUCUAUGAAUUGUUGGAUAGUCCUGGCAAAGUCCUCUUGCAGUCUAAAGACCUCACCGCAGGCAAUGCUGCUAGAAAAAAUCACCUGGAAGGAAAAGCUGCAAUCUCGAACAAGAUAACCAGCUGUAUUUUCAAGUUGUUACAGGAAGCAGGUAUCAAAACUGCUUUCACAAAAAAAUGUGGUGAGACAGCUUUCAUUGCACCUCAGUGUGAAAUGAUUCCAAUUGAAUGGGUUUGUAGAAGAAUUGCAACUGGUUCUUUCCUCAAAAGAAAUCCUGGUGUCAAAGAAGGAUACAAGUUCUACCCUCCUAAAGUGGAAUUGUUUUUCAAGGAUGAUGCCAACAAUGAUCCUCAAUGGUCUGAAGAACAGGUUAUUGCUGCAAAAUGGUGUUUUGCUGGACUGAACAUAGGUCAGACUGAAGUGGAUAUCAUGAGUCAUUCCACACAGGCUAUUUUUGAAAUACUGGAAAAAUCCUGGUUACCUCAGAACUGUACACUGGUUGACAUGAAGAUUGAAUUUGGUGUUGAUGUGACUACAAAAGAAAUUGUUCUUGCGGAUGUUAUCGAUAAUGAUUCCUGGAGACUUUGGCCAUCUGGUGAUAGAACCCAGCAGAAAGACAAGCAGUCAUACCGGGACCUUAAAGAAGUGACUCCUGAAGGCCUCCAGAUGGUGAAGAGAAACUUUGAAUGGGUUGCAGAAAGAGUGGAGUUGCUUCAUAAAGUGCAAAGUCCAUGCAGAGUUGUGGUAUUGAUGGGUUCAACUUCUGACUUGGGUCAUUGUGAAAAAAUUAAGAAAGCUUGUGGUAACUAUGGCAUUCCCUGUGAACUUCGAGUAACAUCUGCCCAUAAAGGCCCAGAUGAAACUCUGAGGAUUAAAGCAGAGUAUGAAGGAGAUGGUAUUCCUACUGUGUUUGUGGCAGUAGCUGGCAGAAGCAAUGGUUUGGGGCCAGUAAUGUCUGGUAAUACAGCAUAUCCAGUAGUCAACUGUCCUCCCCUUACACCUGAUUGGGGAGCCCAGGAUGUUUGGUCCUCACUUAGAAUGCCUAGUGGUCUUGGCUGUUCGACUAUACUUUCACCUGAAGGAGCAGCUCAGUUUGCAGCCCAGAUAUUUGGAUUAAAUAACCAUUUGGUAUGGGCUAAACUUCGAGGAGGCAUGUUAAACACGUGGGUUUCCUUGAAGCAGGCGGAUAAGAAAAUCAGAGAAUGCAGUUUAUAAUUUGCAAUCCCUUUUUGAAAGUAGAAAAAGAAAAAAAGAAUCUUUAUAUAACUUAUAAUAACUUAGCUUCAAAAAGCGUUAUUAAUCAGGCAAGAUAAAAGAUGAUUCUAAACUAAUCAUAGAAAAAUGCUAAUAAAAUGUUUACUAGUUUGAUGUUAAUGAUCUUGUAGAAUGUGUGUGUUCAUCUUUAGAAUGUAUAUUUCUUUCCAAGUAGAAAAAUUUUGUAAUUCUGUCUGGAAAUGUUUUUAUGGUUUGUUAUCUAGUAAUCAUUAGCCAUGUUGUAUGCUAUUCCUAUCUUAAGGUAUGAGAUAAAGUGUUACUUCCUAUCACAGAGCUAGCUCUCUAAAUUACUACUAGGCUUUGCCAAUAAUUCUAAAUUUAUAAGAUUAAAACAAACAUGUAUCUUGAAAAUGAUAAUGAAAACUGUUUUUAGCUCCUGUAUUACAUAAUAGGCAAUUAAAAGCUAUUUUGUCCAUAAUUCCCAUUAUUUCCUAUUUUACAAUAAAUCUGAUAUUUCAUAGAAAAUCUGAUAA